CAGUACAGGCAAGGCAAGAAGAACAAAGUAAGCACAGACAGAAAGAACUAAGAAGUUCAAUUAUUGUAAAGCGAAAAGGCGUGAACGUUCCUUGAAAUAUUUCAAGUUUAAUAUAGUAGGUAACUUUUAUCAACUACACAACUUUUAACAACUAGUUUUUUAUGUUAACAUAGUACAUUCCGAAAUGGGUAAUCUAUUUGGAAAACACAAAAAGCCUGUGAGCAGAGUAACAGAACAAGAUAAAGCUGUUUUACAAUUAAAACAACAAAGAGAUAAAUUGAAACAGUACCAGAAGAGAAUAGAGUUAAAUUUUGAGCGAGAUAGGGAAUUGGCAAAAAAACUACUUAAUGAAGGGAAGCGUGAUAAGGCUAAACUAGCUCUGAAAAAGAAGAGGUAUCAGGAGCAGUUGCUGCAGAACACAGAGGCGCAAUUAGAAAAAUUAGAACAAAUAACUCAUGAUCUUGAGUUUGCUCAAAUAGAAAUACAGGUGUUGGAUGGUCUCAAGACAGGAAAUGUAGCCUUGAAGAAAAUACAUGACAGCCUCAACAUAGACGAAAUAGAGAAAAUUAUGGAUGAAACUAAAGAGGGAAUAGAGAAACAAAAAGAAAUAGAUGAACUUAUUUCUGGUCAAUUGACAGAGGAAGAUGAUGAAGCAGUGGAGGCUGAACUAGAAGCUAUAUUGGAUGUUGGUGAUCAACUUCCUGAGGUGCCCACAGACAUGUUACCAGAUGUGUCUAAAGAGAAAGUGCCAGAAAAAUCACGCAAGGUGGCAGAAGGUCCAAGCAAGAUAGCAGUUGAAGCUUGAGAACAUAUUUUUUAAAGUUAAAUUGUAUAUAAUGUAAAGCUAAGUAUACUAUACAGAAUAAAUAUAUUUUUGAAAUCUA